GUGAACUUUUUCCUUUGCGUGAAAUUCCUCUAGUUUCUUUUGUUUGCAUGUCAGCAGCAACGAUAGCGAGUGGAUAUCUGGCAUUUGUAAUGUCCCCGACUGGAAGCAGCUAACAUUGCGACACACAGUCCUCCUCCCCGGGCCGGGAGAGCGAGGGGGAGAGAGGGGGAGACUCCCGGUGCAAAGGGAGGGAAGGGGGACCGUUGAGGAAGGAGUGGCGGUUAUGUGGCAAAACUCUCAACCUCUCUGAAGAGUUGUGUCCUCGCUUGUGUAUUUGUGGAGAAAGGGCAAGGUGAAUCCCAUCCAGCACUUCGUCCCAUAGGAGGAUCCGUGUAACGCGCCCGUGCAGGGAUGGAGGGAGAGAAGGAGCGACAGAGGCAGCAGCGGGAAGAGAAGGAGAGCAACGAGGCGGAGGACAACAGGACCAGCGACGAGGACGCCGACAAUGAUGAAGUGGAGGAGGAGGAAGAUUCAGAAUGCGCAGCCCUGGUCUGGCAAGAGGGCUAUGGCGAAGACAACCUGGGCCUUCCCAUCAUGCACUGGGAGGCGCUAAGCCUGCGCAUUGCCGAGCUGGAGAAGCAGGAGGAGGAAAACAAGGAGAAGAAGGCAAAGAGGGGAGUUUCUCUUGAGAGAGGAAGAGCACCGGUCAGCUGGACGGAGGAGAGAGGAAGAAGAAGGGAGAGCUGGGAAGACGGAGAUGAUGCCUGCAACAGCCACGUGCUGGCGCUCACCUCCCGCCUGCAGACGCAGAUGAACCUGCAGCUCUGCUUCAUCAACAACAGUGAAAGUGAGGAGGAGGAAGAGGACGAGAAGAAGAAAGGGGCGGCUCAGGUCCAGAAGACUCCUCAGCCUCCUGCCAAGCCGGAGAAACCCAAAUCCAGAGGCUUCAGGAACACCCUGAGGAACCUACGAGACCGCCUGAGAACUGACCACAGGACGCCGGCUGCAGCUCGUAGUGAACCUGUAGUCCAGAAAAAACAUGUUGAGCGCAGUGAUCUACAGAACCUCAGCAUGAAGGACCUGAAUGCACUUUGUGCGUCUCUCAGCCAGAACAUCCAAGACCUGAGCUCAGACCUGGUGGGCCGCCUGCAGGCCCGAGACCAGCUGAGGACGGAGCAGGACGCCAUGCUGCUGGAGGUCCAGGACCUGACGUCGCAGUGAGCCUGCGGAUCGCUCCGAGCUGGAGUUCCCACAGACACACAAUCUUAAAUGUUCUGAGUCGGCCUCUACGAACAUCUCAGUCAGUCCCUCCGCCUGUCGGUCUGACCAGCCAAACAAUGUGAAGAGUGUCGCUCCCUGAAAGGACAAGGACAUUCCGUUUUAAUGUUACUCAGUGUAUUAUGUAUUUAUAAGGAAACCUUUGUCCACCAGCAGUGGUUUGAAACUCGUGGCAGAACCAGCUUUGUUCAGUCACAGUUGUACGGUACGGUCGACAAACAGAAACUGAGUAAAACGCCACAUCUGGGCAGUGGUUGCUGACCUGAGAGGAACAAACUCUUUUCAUCCGGGUCACGUUUUUGGGCGGUUCUAGACACGGAGAGAUGUCACUGAUCAAGUGUCUGACAUCAGAGUCGUCGCUCAAAGGAUCCGAGUAGUGUUGAUGAAGUCCAUCUUCAUUUCCCUCAUCGUGGGGAUUUAUGACCACUUGUGCCGACACUAAGGAGCAACGUUUCCGUCAGCAGAUCCCAGUCCUUUUCGUAUCUGGCUCAAGAGUAUAUUUUCAAAAUACUACGUACAAAAAUAGGGGAAAGACUUACGGUUGGAUGACUAUUCUCCUCACCCCUCCUGAGUUAUGCGUAUUGUUUAUUUCUUUGAACCGAUAGCCUGGUUAAAUAGUUAAUUAUUAACUUCUCCAUUGCAAAGAGGUUUGCUCUACUAAUGUUGAAAUGUCAUUAACAUUUUUUUUGGACUGUAAGGGUAUUUUUAAGUGCUAUUGUCAGUACUAGUCUGUAACGUGUGGCUCAUCUUUGAACACAAGGAUUCAAAAGGGACUCCUGUUUAGAAGCUGCUAAUUCUGUCAACGCAGAAUUCUAUUUUGUUUUUCUAAUUUGUGUAGUUGUAGUUUUUUUGUAUUAUUUUAUGUUCAUGUUUAUCUUUGUGUAGCCUUUCUCAUCCCUCUUUGUCCAAACAUUAUGUGGUUCAGAACCGAGCCAGAACCAACUUCCAACAGGAAUAUCCUGUAUUCAUCAUUGACAAAUAUAGGUCUUGGCUACAAUCGGCACUUAUCCAUUUGAAAAUACUUCAAAUACAACUCCCAAGUUAUUAAAUAUGUUAUGCAAAUUA